UCGAUUGCUCCGGCGCUCGGCGCGGCCGGCGGAGCGCCGAAGCGGUCGAUGGGACAGCUGACUUGCCGCCGCCGCCGCUGCUGCCGCCGCACCGGCCAUUUCCCGCCGGCCCGGCCCGUAGCGGAGUCCGGCUUCUCCUCCCGGUGACGAAGCCGCCUCUCCCGCAGGUAGAGACCAUGCCUCCAAAAUUCAAGCGGCACCUGAACGACGACGAGGUGACGGGCUCGGUGAAGAGCGAGCGGAGGAACCUGUUGGAGGAAGAUUCAGAUGAAGAGGAAGACUUUUUCUUGAGAGGGCCAUUUGGACCCAGGAAUGACAAGAUCAGGCAUGUCCAGAACCAGGUGGACGAAGUCAUUGACGUUAUGCAGGAGAACAUCACGAAGGUGAUUGAAAGAGGCGAGCGGCUGGAUGACCUGCAGGAUAAAUCAGAAAGUUUAUCAGACAACGCAACAGCUUUUAGCAACAGAGCCAAGCAGCUUCGGAGGCAGAUGUGGUGGCGAGGCUGCAAGAUGAAGGCGAUCAUAGUGCUGGUGGCAGUCGUUCUCCUGCUUGUGAUUAUCGUACCCAUAGUCCUGAAGUACCAUACCUGACGGGGCAGCUGGAGGCUUCAGUGGAGCUGGCUCUGGGAUAACCAAACUGCUGUGUAAUUUAAGUGAGAUAUCUGUAUAUAGCUUUGAAGUUGUUUUUCUCCAAGGAGUGAGGAGGUGGUGGCAAGUAGCCAGUUCUAACAGUGUUUUAAGAACUGCCAAAUGACCCUUUUUUUGGUUGAGUACCUGCUCCUGCUGUUAGACUUUUUUUAUAACAGAAGAUUCAGUUCCGAAACUGCCUGUUUUGUGGAAUUCUGAGUCUCUGGUUUGGAGCUGGCUACUUGCCACUACAAUUUAUCUGUAUAUAUGGUUGAGUUCUAAUAUUAAUAAUAAUACUGUCUGAGCAGUUCCCUGCUGCCUGCUGUGGAAGGCAGAGGGGACUCUGUCCUUUCAUCAGAGCAAAGGAGGGGAAAAAUGUCUGAAGAGAAACGUAUUAUUAUGUUACAGGGAACUGACCCUUCUAUGGAGAACUGCAAGGGUGAUGUUUCUCUCUUCUCCUUCAAAAAAAAAAGGGGGGGGGGGGUGGGCAGGGGGUAGAAAAAAAGAAAUAAUUAGGUUUUACAAUCCAGAAGACUUUCUGGUCCUGCCAUAGGAAUGCACAAGCUCAGUGUUUUCAGUAUCGCUGCUUACAGCUGUGACUAAAGACAUUCCAGUAAACCUAUUUUUGACUGUA